CGCGUAGUAAAUAAUGUCGUCAAUAGAUUAAGAGGUCAGAUUUGACGAGCAGCCGUUAAAUACACGUGCUCUGGCUGCGAGUUUGGCGGAACCGAGAAAAGCUCGAUGUCCAUGGCAACAUAAUCAUACCACAUAACACCGCCAAAAAACAACAUCGAGGUGUAGGAGGCACGCAACCCAACCCAACCCAGGAACAAUAUUGUAUUGGUUUUUAACUGCGAGUCAUUACCCUAGAUUUGGUUUUCCAUCAAAGCUCUGCCUCUCACAAUCACAACAGUCAGCGAUUCCUGACAAUCUGACAUUGAGGCCGUUGACUAAAGUCAUUGGCAAGAAAUCCAUCCCCGCAUUUUUGGAAUUUCGCCGUUACCGAGGGCGUCUUUAAAUAGGUGGCCAGGAGCACGAGCAUGUCGGUAUCCUGAAGCACUCUCUUCCAAAAGCUCUCUCUAUCUUCGGUAUCACCCUUCGCUAUGGCGGAAAUACUGUCGCGUUUGCUCUCCUUCCCACCAGUGUCUCCACGUACUGUAUCUCAAAUAUCCGACGUUGAGUACGACAAAGAGAUACGCACUUUAUAUUCAGACCUGAAGCGAAUACCUGCGCAUAAAUUAGUUGCAGACAUUCCUGGGAGAGGAAGUUUGUUGGAGCUUCUGGAUCCGGGACUCCAAACUCUGGCCUACCUCUUCGUCAUACUAUCAUAUUACCAAGUUUCGCACGAGAAUACGAAAGAAUCAUUCCCAGCCACUUGGCUGCCAGGAGGUGAAAUCUGGUUAAAGUCAGUAGCAUUCUUAAAGGUGUUUGACCCGAUCCAAGUGAGAUAUGCCGGUCAAGAAUGGAGAAGUCUUGUUGAUGUGGUAGUAAAAUCGGCUGAGAUCGCUUCACGACCGUUGCUAGCUCUUCAUCCUUUAAAAACCGCUAUACUCCGCCUCGAUCCUUCGUCUUCAACAUUCACUUCGUCGCAUACAACAUUCGUACGGUUGUGUCUUCAGUCAAGGUCUUAUCUAAAUGCAUUGGAUAUCCUCGACAAGCCUAUUUGCCAUUUCCCAACCACAUCCGAUAAGCAGUUCAUUAAAAGGUCACAACUUCUUCUGUGUCAGCAACAUGAAUCGAGCACGUCCUUUAUCACAGCUGCAUCCGGGUUGCCCGGCAAAAUAAACCACAGGUCCUAUCUGGAGUACUUUCUGUACGGCGCCAUGGUCUACAUGGGGCUCAAGAAAUGGGACGAUGCCAUUCAUUUUCUCGAAAUCGUGAUUUCUGCGCCCACAACAAACUCAGUGAGCAUUAUCAUGGUAGAAGCUUACAAAAAAUGGGUCUUAGUGUGUCUUAUAGAAAAGGGAAAGCCUCUACCUAUGCCAAAAACAGUGACACCUUUUACAGCAAAGGCAUAUAGGUCACUAGCGAAACCUUACGAAGCUCUCGCUGACAUCUUUAAAUCUGGAAACGUGUCAAGAUUGCUGGCAGAGAUUGCCGCUGGGGAGGCUGUUUGGCUCAAUGAUAACAACAUGGGUUUGGUCUCACAAGUAUUGGUUGCAUAUCAGCGAUUUUCUAUCGUGAAACUCGAGAAAACUUUCGCCGCAUUAUCAAUACCCGAUAUAGCUUCAUAUUUAGGACCUGACGCCCAAACGACUGAUAUCUCUAUAGCUGACUUGAUUACUGCGGGACAGCUGCGGGCAUCGUUAAUACACGCUUCGGACUCUUCGACGCCCACCGUGCUUCGUUUUACUUCAUCAACUGCUAACUUGGGUCAUCUGUUAGAAGUGAAAUUUAGCGCUGAUUUAGUAACACAAAGAAGCCGAUUAGAAACGCUUCUGAAGAACGUGCGUGGAACCGAUAUCAAAUUGGAAUUGGGCCGUGAGUAUAUAGAAAGCUUGCGGAAAGCACCGAGACCUUCAGACGUCGAAAGUAGGGAUAGGUCCACGGCCGGGGUUUCCAAUGGCGAGAUGGACGAAGAUGUGAUGGGGGACUUUGAAUAGAAACGAACCAAUGACAUUCGCAACGUUUGGCUGGUGACAACGAUAGAUUUUGUACUUAACGAUAUCGACGAAUGAUCUAAUUAUGAUACUGCUCGGGUGCUGAAUUAGACACGUAUGACGACCAGCGCUGGUCUGCAUGUGCGUCCUCCUAGACGACAAUAUUAUCGCUUUCGUAAAUGCUCGACGGUUCUUUCUCUACGGCGCUUCAGUAAUCACUAUACUGGAGGAUAAAUGUGGUAUGAUAUAUAUAUGUAUGAUUGCAUCACGUUAUUGGGGCGAUAGAACAACCCAGACCCAAAAGCAAAGAAGAAAAAUCUCCGAACCCGUUAAGCAGGAUAGUAAUUUGUCCACGGAUGACUUUAUAACAAAAGCGGAUAUCGGGUUAAAUGAUAGUUUAUGUAAUACAAUAAUGGAAAAAGCAGGAACUUUCAAAAGGUACAAUUUUUGACCACUUUGGAAGAGUAACAAGCUCAAAACGUGAUCCUGGGAUCAGAAUAUCAAGCAAGAAAAGCAUAUAAAAUGCGAACAGAGAAAAAAAAAAAAAAAAAAAAAAAAAAAAAGAAAAAAAAGAAAAAAAAGAAACGAAAAAGACGUCAGGCUGAUGGAAUUCAAAAAAGAUAACCGGACCGUCCAUCCGCCUGUGAAUUUUUAAAGAAAAAGGCAAACAAAAUGACACUUCAUCUUCAAGUUAUUUAGCUGCUAGCCGCGUUUCAUGCUGUUGUCGAUUCAGCUGACUCCUUUUGAGCUUCAACGUUGGGGAUAGACGCGGCGGUUCCAGAUAGGUCGGUAGAACGAGCUUUCGGAUUCUUCGUAUAAUAGUUUGAGAUGGCGGAUUUAAUUGCAUCUUCAGCAAGCAUGGAGCAAUGAACUGCAUUGGAAACAGAAUAUUAGCUCACUGGAUCAGGUCCAACGUGGAUAAAACAUUCGUAACUUACGCUUUACGGGUGGCAAACAUAGCUCCUUUGCAAUCUCAGUAUUCCGGAUCUUUCCAGCUUCCUCCAACGUCAUCCCCCUCACCAACUCGGUCAGGUAACUGGAGCUGGCGAUGGCGCUGCCGCAUCCAAAUGUCUUAAAUUUAACAUCACUGAUGGUAUUGCUGCCCUUGUCGACACGAAUCUGCAACUUCAUGACAUCUCCACAAGCUGGUGCACCAACAAGCCCCGUACCGACAUCCACAUCUGCCUUUGGCAUCGAGCCUACAUUCCGGGGAUUGCUAUAAUGAUCUAGCAGUGCACAAAAAGGUUAGCAUGAUGAUCAUGAAAUUAGGCUCCAAAUAUAAAAGAGCCAACUAUAAAGUACAACAAAGAAUGAAAGAUGAUCAAACAUAUCUUUUUCAUGAUAGCCUCGGGCGGAUGGGACGGCAAUUCGGGCGAGAUUAUGACUAUUUAGGCUGGAAACUGACGGACGGCCGGCGGCCUGUGGCAGGGUUGACAGAGCGGACGUCCGCGGGACAAGAGUGAGCAAUCGUCUGAACAUCGUGAUUGAAAUAUGUAGAUAGAAAAUCCGACAAGUACGUGGCCUCGAUGUCGCGGGUUUUAUGAAGUCGGGUAUUGAAGCUCGUAGAAUCUGCAAGUAUUUCAGUUCGUGUCGAAGGCGGGACAAGGGAAGAUGCAGAAUGAUGGAUUCGGCUGAUUGAUAAGACAAGCGGAGACUCGAAAUUUUUGCCAUGGGAUAACUAUUACAUAAGUGCUUAUUAAUCAUGUUCUAGGGGCGAAUGCGGAGCAAUUUCACUUCAGCUUCCAAGUUGGAACAAGCAGGGCAAGCGGAUUUCUUCUCCAUCGUGGAAUUCUUGGAAGCCAAACGCCAACAUCAUGAUAAGAAAUGACAUUUUACAUGAGAAGUCCAACGCCACUGAAAACGAGUUAUCUCCUCGUUUUAAAAACAGCAAACACAGAUAAAAGCCAGCGCGGCCGUAACAGUGAUGGGAAUAUGACAUAGUAAGAAAUUUGAAGCAGGUCAAAUACUUCUACGCUGUAUGUAAUCCGACCAAGGAGAACUCGUGAUACCGGUAUAUAAUUACACCACAACCCAUUCACUUCCUCGUUUAAUAAACUUAUCAAUCAUCAAACCUAUAUCAUUGAGAGCGAAUCGACAAACGUAAAAUCCAAAAAACUCAGAGGCAUGUCGAGCGCUAAGCUCAAGCCCAACAAGCGUCUGAGAUGAAUGCUUCAAACCAGGGUCUUCGACUUGCCGAGCAAUUUGAUCUGAAUUUACCUGUUAACGUUCAUAGACUCUCGCUGAGGCCAGAGACAGGAAGAUGGGAUGAACAUGUCAAGGUUAUCAGGCAAAGAGAUUGCUUACCAAGGAUCUGAGCAGCAUCGAAUAGCCUGGCCAGAGCACUCAUGUAGCUCGCAUGAGGACCCGUACACUGUAACUGAGUUACAUCUCUCUUUGGUGCACGAAAGUCAAGGCUAUCCGUCAUCGGUAACGAAUUCAUGGACGCUAGGUACGACUUGCUUGAACCACUUGAAGGCUUUGC